AUGGCCACAGACAUUGAAGAUGAGAAUGAUAUUCCGCAGUCUCGCAGGCGUAGUGCGCGCAAGCAGGCCCAGCAAUGGAUGACUAAAGGAGGUCUUGUUCGCGAUGAUUCUGAUGACGAGCUUGGUGAUGAAGACCUUCCGUGGGAAUGGAUAUAUGCUGCCGAUACUACUGAAAAAAAGGAGGACGCUAUAUCGGGUGCCCCAGAAGAUACACCAAGGUCAAACCGAAGACGCACCUCCCGGGCCAGCGCAAAGAACCGUCGACCAAUCGUGGGAGCCCGGAUGGGUUCGUUUGAAUGCAAAUUGGGUCAGGUCGUGCUGCUUAAAUCCCCAGAGCCUGGUAAAGAUUGGGUGGGAAUCAUCACGGAAUUUAUAGAGGAAGAGGAUGAAGCGGACGGUGAAACGAUCAAGUCCGCCAACAUCAUGUGGUUUGCUUCGCCAGACGAAUUCAUGUCGACAAGGAACAAGAGACGAGCAGACGCUUUGCCUAAUGAGCAGUACCUUACAGCCGACUUCAACAUCAAUCCAAUCACAUCGAUUAGCGGUAAAGCAACGGUAAUGUCCAAGGAUGCUUUCUUCGCCAAGUAUCCGGAUGGGGCUCCGCCGAAGGGAAAGGAACAAUUGUCAGACUACAACAAAUGCAUUGUCUGCCGUAGAGGUGUGAAUCAACUUCAAGGGAGAUACACCGAGGAAUUCGUCUGGGAAAAUGUCUAUCGGGAGGAUAAGAUCUUCGAUCUGAUUGCUAUGAUCAAGGACGGCUUGAAAAAAGCCAAGAAGCGAAAGCAGGGUGAUGAUGAUUAUGAUGAUGCCAAGGACAAAGAAGAUGAUGAAUUUCAGCCUGUGACACCAAGAAAGAAGCAGAAAUUAACUACGAAUGCUACACCACAGUCACGACGCCAAAAAGCUCUGACCACCCCAACCCAUAAGAGAAUUGUUGUCAAAAAACCCCUCGAGUUUACCCCGUUAGGCACUCGUAUACUGUCUCCAUCCCAUUUCGCUUCUCCAUAUCGCCAGGCACGAACUCUUCUACAUGUCUCCACGGUACCUACCUCACUACCGUGCCGGAAGGCUGAAUUCGAUACUGUGUACAACCACCUUAGCGCUGCCAUCAUGGAAGGCACCGGAACUUGUAUUUAUAUUUCGGGUACACCUGGAACUGGCAAGACGGCAACAGUCCGCGAGGUGGUCGCACAGUUGAACGCAGCCGUGCUUGCAGAAGAGAUGGACGACUUUAUUUUCGUUGAGAUCAAUGGCAUGAAAGUCACCGAUCCACAUCAGUCGUACUCAUUGCUUUGGGAAGCCUUGAAGGGCGAUAGGGUGUCUCCUUCCCAUGCGCUUGAUCUUCUCGAGAGGGAAUUUUCACAUCCAUCACCUCGACGUGUCUCAUGCGUUGUUCUCAUGGAUGAACUUGACCAACUGGUAACUAAAAACCAGUCUGUGAUGUACAAUUUCUUUAACUGGCCUGCUCUCCGCCACUCCCGCCUCAUUGUGCUUGCUGUCGCAAACACUAUGGACCUCCCUGAGCGAACACUAAGCAACAAGAUUUCCAGUCGUCUGGGUCUUACUCGUAUCACAUUCCCCGGCUACAAACACACGGAUCUCAUGGAAAUCAUAAGCACCCGCCUGGCCAACAUCCCAGGAAACAUAGUCGACGCAGACGCCAUCCAAUUUGCAAGCCGAAAGGUGGCUGCUGUUAGUGGCGACGCUCGACGCGCAUUAGACAUCUGCCGCCGAGCAGUAGAGAUUGCCGAACAGGCCAGCGAGGCCGCAAAACUGGAACCGAUUCUAGAAGAUGGCAACGCAGACGAAACCGAAUCCAUGCCACCAACACCUAGCAAGACUCCUGCGAGAAAGGAAAGAUCAAACAACAAGCAGUCCAUGCCGCCAAAAGCUCAACCGCCACGGAAACAAGGACGUGUCACUAUCGCCACAAUCAAACAAGCCAUCCAGGAAGCAACCUCAACCCCGCUUCAGCAAUCCCUACGCUGUCUCCCACUCUCCGCGAAGCUUUUCCUUGCCGCUCUCUUGGCUCGUGUGAAAAGAACCGGGAUCACCGAAUCAACCUUUGGCGAUGUACUCGACGAAGCGAAGCGGAUUGCAGACGCUGCGGUCGCAGUCGCUGGUGCGGCUGGUGCAGGCAUCAAAGAAUACCUACUCAGUGGUGGGAGUGGUGCUCGCGUGCGUGCUCUAGGCUUUGCGGCUAUGGAACUCAUGAAUUCUGGAGUUCUUGCCCUGGAGCACGGACCGGCGACGAAAGGCCCUCUGGGAAGCUCUGCCAUCCCCAGUAGAGGGGACAGAAGUGGUAAAGUUAGGCUGAGGGUGGCAGCUGAAGACGUAAGGGCUGCUUUCCGGGAAGAUAUAGAGGCAAAGGGGUUAGGGCUGGGCACGGAUCAGUAA